CAGCUAAUGAUGCGUUUUUGUUACAGUUCCCACUGUUGGAGUGCGCCAUGUCCAGGCCCUACUGAUGUUCUUUUACAUGUUAGUAACCAUGCUGACCAGAUCAACCAUGUCUAUAGCUGUAGUUGCAAUGACUGAUAAUUCAACAGUCACUAAUGAUGAUAUAGUAUACUACGACUGGGAAAACACCAAUAUAAUCCUGUCCUCCUUCUACUGGACCUACAUAAUCCUGCAGCCAUUUUCCGGCUAUUUCUUCAAGCAAUUCGGCCUACGAAAAUGCUUGAUGGGCACCAUGCUGUUCAACGGCAUCGCAUUUACUCUCAUCCCAUCAGCAGCGGCCAGUUUUGGAUCUAUGGGCGUUAUCGCAUGCCGUUCUACACCAGCCAACACCGAACGUGAUAAUCACGUGAAAACGACCAAAUGGUCCCGUCAAAUCGACGUCAAUGAAAUGACGCAACGUUGYCAGCAGCACUUUUCCUUUUGUWACAAUUUUUUCAAAAUUUUCAACUUCGACACAUAAAACGUUUAACUAGUUUAAUCAAAUAUUGUGUAUUAUUACAAAUUUAAACAAAUCUCCUAAACAGUCUGAUGAUGCCUCAAAAACGAAACUUUUGACACUUAUUUAAGGACUAGGUACGCCAAAUAAAAGUCUUGCGAAAAUCAAUCCCUAACUUGAUCACUUUCUGAGAAAGAAAGUCUGAAACAUCGGCCUGCAUAAACAAGCGCAGAACACAAACAAAUUUUUUAAAUAAUUUGUGAAAAUUCCCUGAAGGUAAUUCAAAAUCGAAACGUUUUCUACUUUGCGUUCUAUAAAUGUCAUUCAAAAGUAAAUCUCUAACUUCACAAAUUCCUGAGUAAAUAAACGUGAAACUUGCUUAAAUGCAUAUUUUUGUUAAUUUCAAAAAAAUUUCAAAAUUUCUGAAAAUUGCCAGUGACUGAAAAUCCAAAAGUUGAAAGAUUUGUAGAACCGACUUUGCCCUACAAAAUACACACAAAAGCGACUUUCUGACUUCACUGGUUCCUGAUUCAAUAACUAGCAAACUCAGACUUCGUAAAUGAAACACAAGUUUGCAAAGUUGUCAAAAACUUCCUGAUAAUGGCUAAAAAUCGAAACUUUGUUCACAUACAGAAGAGGCUGUACCCUACAAACUCCAUUCAAACUCGACUUUCUCUGAAAUAGAAGUGAAACUCCAACUUGCAAAAACCAUCCGGAAAACCAGACACGAUUUCAAAAAUUCUUGAAAUAUGCCUGAUGAUGAAUGAAAAUCGAAUCUUGUUGCUCUGAGUUCAUUAGUUCCUGAAUCAAUAAAUGCUAAGGUACGACCUGCAAAAACAACCUCGUAAAGCAAACAUAAUUUUCAAAAUUGCCAAAAAUUAUCCGAUGAUGAAUGGGAAUCGAAACCUUCUAUACUUACCUGAAGGACGUUUGCCCUACAAACUACCUACGUUGUCGCUUCGCAAGUUACAGAGAAAAGAAAAGCUACCGACGUACAAAAACCAGACAAAAUUUUGAAAAAUUCUUGAAAUUUGCCUGAUGAUGAAUGAAAGUCGAAACUUUUUACUUGGGUAGAACAAACUUUGUUCUACAAACUCUCUCAGUUGGUCACUUUCUGGAUAAAUAAAUGCUAAAUUCCGGCUUGGAAAAACAACCAAAUCAAACCCAAUUUUCAAAAAUUGUCACAAAUUUUCUCGUGGGGACUAAAAAUCGAAACUUUCUUUGCUUAUAUAAGUCACAUUACGCAACAAAAUGCAUGGCAUGUUGACUUUCUAACUUCGCGAGUUACAGAGGAAAUAAAAGUGAAACUCCCACCUGAAAAAACCACUUCAAACAUCCGACAGAAUUUGGAAAAAUUUUUGAAAACUGCCUGACGAUGACUGAAAAUCGAAAAUUUUAGCCUUGUUGAACAUACGUCACACUGUGAAAUACAUCAAAAAACAACUCAUUUCGAUCGUUAAUGUCUGAAUAAAUAAAUAAAUAAUACCCCGAAAAUAUAAAGCAAUUUAACAAAGUUAUGAAAAAUUAUCUGAUGAUGAUUGAAAAUGGAAACUUUCUUUACUUCUAUAACGGACUUUUUGCUACAAAAUGCAUGGAAAAUUGACUUUCUGAUUUCGCAAGUUCCAGAGGAAAUAAAAGCCAAAUUCCGCAAAAACCAACACCACAACCACACGCUAUUUUGAUAAAUUCUUGAAAAUUGCCUGAUAAUGACGGAAAAUUUAAACUUUCAAAACAAAGCAACUCUCUCAGUUUGUUAUUUCUUGAACAAAUAAAUCACCCGGCUUGCAAAAACCAACUGGUUAAGCAAUUUUGAAAAAUUGCAAAAAAAGUUAUUGAUGAUGACUAAAAAUCGAAACUUUCUUCAGUUAUUGAAGCGACUUUGUCGCAUAUAAUUGACUUUCUUAUUUAGCAAGUUGUAGAAGAAAUAAAUGCCAAAUCUGAACUAAACUUCAACCCGAAUCAUACACACUGUAACACAAGUUUUCAUCUCCUUUGAUUGGAUCAUACAGAAAAAACUGUUUUGUUUUACUUAAUCCUGAGGCAAAAAGUGUCAGACUCCGGCCUGAAUCCAUAAGAAUUUCUUAACAAUUAACUGAAGAUAACAUCAAUUCGAUUUCCUCUAAUAGAACGCGCUUUAUCGUACAGAAUAGCAUCAAUUUCAUAUUUUCAGUUUAUGUUUUUUUAUCAUUAGCGUAAUAGAACUAAAUCUGCUACGAACGUAAUAGUGCUGGCAACGUUGAAACUACGUGUUAUAGCGGCUCUUAUGAACGAAAUUGUCACAUGCCAGGACCUGAUUAUCCCGUGAUUUGACGUCAGAGUGCUGGCUGGACAGCAGGAAGAAUAGGGUGUUUCCACUUUUUUUUAAAUGUUGAUAUAUAGAAAGUAGUUAUGGCAAACAU